AAAUUUGGAGAAAAUUGGUUUGUCCUUAGAGAAAGCCAAAUGUUGCACUCAAGACUCUCAAGGCUUUGGGUCAUGAAACAACCUUUACAGCGAAAGUACUUUUGUGAUCAAACUUCAAAAAACUCAGAGUUUCCUUUCGAUAAACCGCUCUUGAAAUGGAAACCUUUGGAAAAGGCAGAAGAAGAAAUCAUAUUUAACGACAGGUUGCGUUUUGCAACAGACUGCAUUGUUCUAGUUGCAACCGGUUUAGUUAUCUAUAAAAUGGGUUACCGCUUUCUUUAUGGUCCACCGGAACGUUGAAACCGUUGGUUGUAUAUGUUGGUCAAGAAUUCUUUUUAGUGAAGAAUAAAGUUUCUCAGUCAUCAAGUCACAGUUGUUCUAUUUUUCGUAUCAGAGACUAAUAGAUACAAAAUAAUUUGUGAGAUAAACUGUAAUAUUUCAAC